GGGAAGACAAAAAGGAGCCAAUCCACCACUAAGUGCUGCAGAAAGGCAGCGACUCUAUCGCGCCCAACGCGAUGCAGACCCAGAGAGGAGACAGAAAUAUUUAGAGAAGGAAGGUGAAAAAUACAGGAAAGGACCUUGAGUCAGGCAGGAAGAAACUAAUCAAUGACCUCAGUCAGAGAGAAAAGGGCAGACGUCGCAGAAAGUGGAGGGAGAAUUAUCACACAUUUCACAUCAACAAUCAGUUCAAACACUACAGGACAUUGAGAUAAAACUUAAAAGUUCAUGAAUGCUUAAUUCAUGUUGACUUUUCAGAAACUUACCUCUGCAAGUACAGCACAGAAAUACAGGCAGUCCACUUCGGAGCAUCACAUCAGCAGGCAACACUGCACACAGGUGUGCUUUAUGUGCAUGCAAACCCUCGCCCGAUGUCCUUCUGCACAGUGUCACCCUCAAGAAUAAAGGACCCACCAGCAAUCUGGCAACACUUGUCACCAGUGCUUGAUUAUGUGCAGAGUGCACAUCCAGAGGUCUCCACUGUCCAUUUUUACAGCGAUGGCCCCUGCACUCAGUACAAACAACGAGGUAAUUUAUUCUUGUUUUGUACUGAGCUGUUCAAGCGGGGAUUCACUGCUAGGACGUGGAACUUUUUCGAGGUGAGCCACGGGAAGGGUGCCCCGGAUGGUGUGGGAGGGCCCCUGAAGAGGAGGACUGACAAUCUAGUCAGCCAAGGAAGAGAUAUUCCGGAUGCUGCAGAGCUGUUUGCUGUGUUGAAAGAGACAAACACAAAAAUCCAGUUGUUUUUUGUCAGCGAGGAAGCAGUUGAUAGUGUAGUUUCAGAGAUGCCCAAUGAUGUGCCACCAGUUCCGUCCAUUAUGAGGAUCCAUCAGGUAGUGUCCCUAGCCCAUGGAGAAUUGAUAUACAGGGACGUCAGCUACUUGUGCACGACAACACAAAAUCUGAACUGUGGGUGCUUGAAUGCAAAGCAUUUCAAGUUUAGCAAUCAGCAGACAGUUCCCAUGGCCCCCACAGAGACAGAAGUUCAGUGGCAAAGUCUUGAGGUUGUUGGCAAAUGGUGUGUGCUGAAGUACGAUGGUGAUCUUUUCCCUGGUGUUAUCACUGAUACAAGUGAAACACAUGUUGAGGUCCGUUGUAUGCAAAAGAUUGGGGUCAACCGUUUUUUCUGGCCAGCCCCUGAAGACAUCCUUUGGUACUUGUUUGAGGACAUUGUGUGUAUUAUCCCACCCCUGAGGCCAGUCACAGGUCGUCACAUGGAAAUCGAGAGCGAAGUCUGGGCCAAACUAAAUACUUUUUAGAAAGGGCCAGGCAAGUUUGUGUUCUUUAAUUUAGUGCAAUUCUAACUAAAACACUGUUGGACGUAGUUUUUGCAACUGAACAUGUUUUGUUUUGUACAUGAAGAUGGAGAGGACCCAGGGGCCAGAAACACCCACCAUGGCAUGCUGAUGGGGAAGGCGAUACACCCGCCACACUCUCUAUCUCCGUUCUCUUUCUCUCUCUGUCUUUCACUCCUUUGUUCUCUUUUCAUCAUCUUUGCUGACAAACCAGUACAUUCCUUCAGAAAACUCUCACUCACUCAGUCCGGAUACAUUCCUGUUACGUUCAUUCCUCCAUCUCCAUCUUCAACCGCUUAUCCGAAGUCGGGUCGCGGGGGCAGCUGCUCCAGCAGGGGGCCCCAAACUUCCCUAUCCCGAGCCACAGUAACCAGCUCUGACUGGGGGACCCCGAGGCGUUCCCAGGCCAGUGUGGCGAUGUAAUCUCUCCACCUAAUCCUGGGUCUUCCCUGAGGCCUCCUCCCAGCUGGACAUGCCUGAAACACCUCCCUAGGGAGGCGGCCAGGGGUCAUCCUUACCAGAUGCCCAAACCACCUCAACUGACUCCUUUCGACGCAAAGGAGCAGCGGCUCUACUCCGAGCUCCUCACGGAUGACUGAGCUCCUCACCCUAUCUCUAAGGGAGAAGCCCGCCACCCUUCUGAGGAAGCCCAUUUCGGCCGCUUGUACUCGCGACCUAGUUCUUUCGGUCAUGACCCAGCCUUCAUGACCAUAGGUGAGGGUAGGAACAAAAAUUGAC